UCUUUUUGAUUGACUCUUCCUUAAACUCUUAAACACCAAUUUCACUUUCACUUUAAAUAUUUUAUUGAUGCUCUUUUUCAGUCAUGUCAAUUCAGUGCAUGACAAAUGUUUGUUCUUUGUCUGUCAUUUUAUGUUUGACACGUCUGUUGUGUCUUGUGAGCCUGUUGAAAUAAAGCUGGAAAACAAGAAGCUGAAGGGUUUUAAUGUAAAGCUGAAGGACACCAUAUUGUUUCCAGAGGGAGGAGGACAGCCGGAUGAUCUCGGGACGAUUGCGGGUGUCCCUGUCCUGCGUGUGAUGAGACACGGUCCUGAAGCUGUGCAUUUCAUCAGUUCUGCUCUGGAGGAGGGACAGGAGGUCCACAUCACACUGGACUGGGACCGCCGCUUUGACCACAUGCAGCAGCAUUCGGGACAACACUUGAUCACAGCUUUAGCUGACACAAUGUUUGGAUAUAAAACUACCUCUUGGGAACUGGGUCGGCAGCGGAGCAGUAUUGAACUGAACACAGCCACUGUAAAACCUGGAGAGAUGGAGGCUCUGGAGGCCGCUGUGAAUGAGAAGAUCCGAGCUCACGUUCCUGUCACUGUCCAGCUUCUGUCCAUUGAUGAUCCUGCUGUGGAGAAGGUGAGGAGCCGUGGACUUCCUGAAGAUCACGCUGGACCCAUCAGGAUCAUUGACAUCGAGGGUGUUGAUGCUAACAUGUGCUGUGGGACUCAUGUUUCCAAUCUCAGUCACCUACAGGUUAUAAAGAUUCUGGGAACAGAGAAAGGCAAGAAAAAUAAAACCAACUUGAUUUUUAUAGCGGGUAACAGAGUGUUGAAAUACGCAGAGAGGAGUUACAGCAUUGAAAAGUCUCUGACGGGUCUUCUCAAAACAGGGCCAGAAGAUCACGUUGAUGCUGUGGACAAACUACAGAAGACAGUCCGGCGUCUACAGAAGAGUCAUCUUACGGUCCUGAGGGAAAUGGCUCUUCUGAUAGCGCAGAACUUCAAAAACAAACCAGACAGAGGAAACUUUUUCAGCUUACAUAACAAAGACGGUGAUAACGAGUUCAUGAACAUCAUCGCUAAUGAAAUAGGAUUUCAGGAAACCGUGAUCUUUCUGACAGUAGGAGAAGAAAAGGGGGCAGGACUGUUCCUCCUCGCUGGGCCUGAGAACAUUGUGACUGAACUGGGGCCUCGGGUAUCAGAGCUGCUGCAGGGUAAAGGGGCUGGAAAGGCGGGACGCUAUCAGGGAAAAUCCAACAGUCUGACGAAAAGAGCUGAAGCUGAAGCUUUACUCCAGGAGUACAGCUGUAAACUUACCGUGGUAGAGGAGUAAACAAACUACAAACUCACUUUGGUAGAGAAGUGAAGGAGCCGAGUCAGCACUCCAAACAUACACAAGUCAUGACGUAAGGAAUACUGUAUCCAGGUCCAACCCUCCUCUCAUUACAAUAGAGCAGUGGUGACCAACCCUGUUCCUGGAGAUCUACACUCCUGCAUAUUUUAGUUACAACCCAGCUUUAACACACCUCACUCUAAUUUUUAGGUAACCCUGAAAUGCUUGAUUUCCAGGUUCAGGUGUGUUUGAUUGGGGUUGGAGCUGAACUCUGCAGGACAGUAGAUCUCCAGGAACAGGGUUGGUCACCACUGCAAUAGAGGAUAUAUUUAAACAGCUUUUUAUGAGCACUAUUUAGGAUAUUCCUAUCACACAUAUCUGAUCGGAAAUAAAUGACAGGUUCCCCUCCAAUAAAGUUUUGGUGCUGACACACAUGAAGUCUGUUUUAAUAGUGGGUUAUUUGUCAGUUGUGACCAAGGGGCAACCUUUCAAUAUCUAUUGUGACGCCAACCCAGAAGUGACUUAAACUGCAAUUCAUUGACGGGCCGCUAGAGGCUGGCUCCAAAAGGGAGUCAAUCCCCAUAGAACCCCAUGUUAAAAUGGCCAACUUUACAGCAAAAAUAAAUGUGUUUACAGCCUGGUACAAAAAGUGAUUUUAGUCUUUAUAGCUAAUUUUGCCCGUCAUGACAACUCAUUUGUUUAAAUUAUAUUAAGCCUUAUACCACGGGCCUGAUGAAUGCUUUAUUCUGAUUGGCUGAGAAAUGUUCCAUGGGUGAUGAUUAUUUUUUUGUAAAUCACACAUCUAACUUGUCUUAAAAAUAGAUGAGAAAAUUAUGACAGAAUUUCUUUUUGGGAUGAACUAUCACUUUAAGAGAAUUGAGACGAUAAAGUUGCUGUUAUUGAUGUGUGACAUCUGUCAUAAACACUUUAUUUUCCCUCAUGUCAUUCUGAAGUGAAGAUUUGAACUGUAAAUCAGUGUUUUACAGAAUUAUAAUCUGAAUUAAUAAAAGGUUUGACUAUUUUUGCUUA